GCCGGGGCCGGGGCGAGGCCGGGCCCGCGGGGGCGGAGCUGAUCCGUCCGUCGGUGAGCGAGCUGUCCCGGGCGGUGCGCACCAACAUCCUCUGCACCGUGCGCGGCUGCGGAAAGAUCCUGCCCAACGGACCGGCCCUCAACAUGCACCUCGUCAAGAGCCACCGCCUGCAGGAUGGCAUCGUCAAUCCCACCGUAAGGAAAGAUUUGAAGACCGCACCCAAGUUUUACUGCUGUCCGAUCGAAGGGUGUCCCCGAGGCCCCAACAGGCCAUUUUCUCAGUUUUCUCUUGUCAAACAGCACUUUAUGAAAAUGCACGCCGAGAAGAAGCAUAAGUGUACUAAGUGCAGCAACUCGUACGGCACGGAGUGGGACUUGAAGCGGCACGCGGAGGACUGCGGCAAGACCUUCCAGUGCACGUGCGGCUGCCCUUACGCCAGCCGGACGGCCCUGCUGUCCCACGUCUACCGAACCGGACACGAGAUCCCGGCGGAGCACCGGGACCCGCCUGGUAAGAAGAGGAAAAUGGAAAGCUCGGGGCUCCCCCCGCCGGCCUCAGAAAAGGCGACGGACUCCGCCCCGGUCAGCACGGGAAGCCCCACGCCAGACCCUCGGGGGCCGGAGCCCUCGGAGGUCAAGCAGGAGGCUCCCUUCGAAGACCCGUGCGGCCCUCACGUCAAGAAGCAGGGUCUCACCCCGCCGCGGGGCGCUCCCAAGUUGCUGUUGCCGAGGCCCAAGAUGGCGCUGCUGAAAGUCCCCGUCGUGCAGCUCUCUCACCUGCCGAUCUUGGUGCCGGCCGCCGACCCCUCGGGGCAGCCGUUGCUGGUGGGCGUGGACGGCCGGGGCUCGGUGAUGAACGCCGUCCACCUCCUCCCGCUGCCGGUGGGGGCCGUGAUAGCGGGGCUGGACGCCGAGGCCUUCCCCCUCAAAGACGGCCCGUCUGCCCCGAGAGCGGCAAGCGCCGUGGCCGGCAAACCCGUCGGCCCCGAGACGCCAGCCGACCUGAGGAGAGACCCCCCUCCCGAUGCCUCGCCGGGCCCGGGGACCGUCUGUCGGGAGAGUAAGGUUUCUCCCGCCGACGUCCAGAUGGCCGUCUCCCGUACCUCCGAGCCUUUCCCGCCCCGUCCUCCGUGGGCUCCCCCGGACUCCUCGGUCUCUUCCUGCUCUCAGACGGAUUUGACCUUCGGCUCCCAAGUGUCCCUUCCCAUCAGCGUCCAGACCCAGACGCUCCUGCCCCACCCCAAGGCGACGUCGUCCAGCGCGGCGCAGACCGACGCUUUCGCUCACGCGUGUCUCCAAGCCUGCGGGGUCUCGCGAGAAACCCAGACCCACCCGCCCGGGCCGACCGAGGCCUCUCCCGACGACCGACGGCUCCUGGACCAGGCCGUGAUGGGCGGCGACCUUUUCGAAAGCGUCCACUCGGCGUACGGCGUCUCGACCCCGGGCGACGGGCCGGGCCCGCUGGACGCCGGAGCUGGGGCCCAUGGCUUGUUAUCCCCGAACAACUGUAAGACCCUGAGCCAAGAGCUAGCGAAGUCGGCACCCAUUCUAAGCUUCGGGGUGCAGGGUACCUUGCUUCCUCCCCAGACCAUGACGGACAAUCAGACCCAGACGAUAGAUCUGCUCAACGACCUGGAGAACAUCUUGACGGGGAACCUGUCGGGCCAGCCCCUGGAUAAUCGUAGCAUUUUGUCGGGCGCCGGCCCGACUGGCCAGCUGGCCCCGGGCCCCCCGCAGAACCCGGCGAUCGAUUUUGACAUCGAAGAGUUCUUCUCGGCCUCUAACAUCCAGACGCAGACGGAGGAGAGCGAGCUGGGCGGCCUGAACCCCGAACCGGUCUUGGAGUCGCUGGACAUCGAAACCCAGACCGACUUCCUGCUGGCCGACGGCAUCCCGCCGCCUUUCGGCUGCCGGGGGGGUUCCAACUUCCUCGGCUUGGAGAUGUUCGACACCCAGACCCAGACGGACCUGAAUUUCUUCCUGGACUCCAGGCCCCUCCCCCUGGACAGCCUCCUGAAGCAGUCCGGCUUCUCCGUGAGCACCGACUCCUCCGACACCGAGACCCAGACGGAGGGGCCGAACCCGGCGAGGGGCGGCCCCAGGCAACCCCCGGAGAGCCGAGUCCAGCUGAACAGCGCGGAGACUCAGACCAUGGAUAGCGGCCUGGAGACCCUCGGGAGUUUGUUUCUCACCAGCAACGAGACCCAGACGGCCAUGGACGACUUCCUCUUGGCCGACCUGGCCUGGAACACCAUGGAGUCCCAGUUCAGCUCCGUCGAGACGCAGACGUGCGCCGAGCUCCGUUCCGUUGCCGGGUUCUGAGGCGCGGGAUCGGCGGGGGCGGAAGCCCACCUUCCCCACCCCCCGCCGCUGAGGCAGGAGACAAUCACCCCGGGGAGAGGGAAACGGCGGUGUCUUCACUGUCGAAUGUUCAGUCGGGGUCCUUAACCCUUCCUCUGGGGAUACGGGGACUUUUGCCCCUUGUUACGUGUGCGACUAGAAGUCGGGUCGAAACUCGAACGUGCAGAAAUGUAACGCGCGUGGGGUUGGAAAAUCGGCGUUUUGGGGUUUCCCCACCGUGGCUCCCUUCCUGCUAAGUUGCCGUUCACUGUCACGUUUCCCGCUCUUCAGCCUUCUUGGGCCGCGAACCGAUUUUGGGUCUUUCCAAAAGUCUGCGGUCUGUAAAUACAAGAUUCUUAAUUUAAAAACAAAACACGCAAACCUAUAGACUUUUUUUUUUUUUUUUUUUGCACUUUAAAACCCACCUGUCGGACGAAGCAUCCUGAAGGUUCCUAUCGUGGCCUGUGGAAUGUACUGUAUCUGGCGGGGCAGGGGUCUGUCUUUCCAGCCCCGCAGUCGAAAAAUACUACCCGGCAGGGGCUUGGGCUUGAAUCCGGUCCCGCCGCCUGUUCGGCAGGAUGGGAUCUCCCGGAGGACCCCCGCCGUCUACUUAAGCUAUUUGUGAGCCCGUCACGUGGUGUUCGGUCCUGGGAAACGGGCAGCCUCCGAUGGUUCUGUUCUGGAAACUCACUGCCGAAAGCAAAACAGUGCUCGUCGGAGGCCCGAAAGCUUUGACAGAAAGUUUUGACCGUAGUACGGAGAAGCUGAGUUAAAAGAUAGGUCCCUCUUCAUUGAGGGAGGGAAAGAUUGGGAGAUUUUGCACAGCGUUACUCAUUUGCUGCAUUUCUAGUAUGCCGAAAUCUCUUCGCAGUGCCGUGUGGCGGGGGCUGGGAUCCCAUCUUGGCUGUGUGGGAGAAGGGUGCGUCUUCUAACACCAUCUCUCAGGAGAUUCAAACUGGAUACUUUCAGAUCCCCCCGCCCACCGCCACCUCCCUCUUAAGAGAUAAACCACCUCAGCGGUGGCUUUGCUGCUUGAACGGAGGCUGCCAGGAAUCCCAAAGAGCCUCCAUCCUCCCAAAAGCCUGCUUUCAGCUUUUCAAAAUGGCUGGUCAGUCCCUUUUCACGAAGGGAAGGGAAAAGGGGAAUGCAUCAUAGCGGGAGGUGCCCUGUGGGUCUGGUCUGGGGGGAAUCCGUUCCCCCCCUCUGAGUUUUGCCCCGAUUAGGGAGCACUGUUGCUUCGUGGCAGGGAGUUGGCAGCUAGAUGUUCAGGGAGAACAUCUUUUGGCCCUCCUCUCCGGCGGGAGUCUCUGAAACACAAAUCCGAGAGGAUAAAACUACUGACAGUCGCAGAUGAACAGAGUGUGACGUGCUGCUGCUCCAUCCUUCAGAUUCCUUGCAGUCUUGUUACAAAGACCCAGAUGCUGGCGGAGAAUCUCCCUGACGAGAAAGUCAGGUUUAUCUACUAGCGAGGCUUGUGAUCCUGAGGAGGGAAUGGGUACGGAUAUGGAUUUCACCACCCGGCCCCGUAAAGCCUUAACUUGGAAUUUUUCCUUGUUUCUUUAGGAGUGUUACCGCCUUAAUGAUUAAACGUUCGUUAGUUUGAAGGCCUGUGCACACCAAGGAGAAGUGCAUGUUUGUUUCUGCCUUUUUGUUAAAUAAGUGGGCGGUGAUGGAUGGCUUGAAAAAAGGACUUGGUUUCGGAGAUGGUUUUUCUCCGCCCCACCGACGGGUACCGUCGGGCAGAGGGAGCUGUGUUAGAAGAGGGCUCUUUACGGAUGAAGACCGGUGGGGAAAUGCCGCUCCACUUAGCUCUAUGUCCUAGAGGAAGCGAACAGUCUGUAAAAGCUCAAAUUGCACUGAUUAAAGAGCAGCCGGAAUCACGAAA